AUGUUUAAAGUUUAAGAUAUUGUUAAUGGAUGGGAGAUUGAAAAUUCACCAGAUUUUGGGGAUAUUUUCUAAUCACUAAAAAUAUAAAUUUAUUCUAAACCCUAGGAAUAAAUAGAAAAUGAAAAACAAGUCUAAAAGGUAAUAAAAUUAAAGGAGAUUGAGAUACCAAGAGAAAGAAAAUAGAGAGUGAAAUCUAGUUAUUUUGAAUAGUAAAUUGUUAGUAACAAGAAAGAAUAAAGAUUGAAGCUUUAUCCAAUCUAGCAUAUAUCAUUAGUAUAACCAGGUUAAUUACCCUAUAGAGAUUAAAAUAAUUCUAUACUUACUCAUAGAUUUAAACAAGCUAAUUCUUUAAAUUAUGCAAUGAGAAGAAAGAGUGCAUAUUUACAAUCAAUUUUAAAAUAAGUAUAUAUUACAUCCUAAAGGUUAACUAUUUAGUGAAUGAAAAAAGAUUUACAAAAUUAAGAAGUGGCUCAGUAAUGUCAGUUAAUUAAUCCCCUAGAUGGUUUGGCACCCCUAACUUAUAUAAUAAAUAUAUAUAAUGAU